AUGGAAGCGGUUGUAUUUACUAGCUCCAUUUUGAUUCUAGUUAACGGUAGUUCAACGAUAGAAUUUAUAGCUUCGAGAGGUUUACGACAGGGUGAUCCAUUUUCACCUUUCUUGUUUACUAUUGUGACUGAAGGGUUGGCAGGAAUGGUUAGGCAGGUUAUACAUGGUGGCUUGUAUAAUGGUUUCAAAAUUUCAAAUAAAGUGGAGUAUAGUUUGUUACAAUUCGCAUAUGAUACAAUACUUAUUGAGGAUGGUUCUUCUACAAAUAUGUGGGCCUUGAAGGCUUUAGUUAGAGGUUUUGAGAUGGUGUCUGGAUUGAGAAUAAAUAUGAGCAAGAGCAAGCUUAAUGGUAUUGGAAUGUCUUCUUAUGAUUUGGAGGCGUCUUCUCAAUUUUUAGGGUGCAAGCUUGAACAAUUUCCAUAUAAAUUUCCGGGCUUAACUAUUGGUGAGAGUCAAAGGAAGGUGAUUUUCUGGAAGUCCGUGAUUAAUGCGAUGAAAUCUAAGUUAUUGUCUUGGAAGGGCAGGUUUCUAUCCAUUGGUGGAAGAUUUACGAUGUUGAAUUCUGUUUUGACUAAUAUUCCUAUUUAUCAGUUGUCUUUUUAUAAAAUACCAGUUAAAGUUAUGCAGAAAAACAUCUUUAUUCAAAGGAACUUUUGUGGCAUGGAGUGGUGGAGAAGAGGGGGUUGGCUUGGGUAA